AUGUCAAGUCAAAUCUGUUUGAAGCUUCACUUAGACUCGGAAAUUCUCCGUGUGAGAGCUCCUGUGGACAAAUGCCAGAAGGUUGACGACAUUUGCAACUAUGUUGAAAUGGCAUGGCCCGCCCUAAGCGAGGUUUCCUAUCGUCUCUACUAUAUCGAUGACAUGGACGACGCUUGUAUUCUAUCCCAGAUUUCCUUACCGGAUGCUCUGGCGUUGGCUGAGGAGUCGAGAGUGCCUACUAUGAACAUCUUCGUUGAUAUAGACGACGAGGAAGAUGUGGUUGUGGUGGACGACCCAUUGUCUCGUAUGGUUGACGAGCUCAUCGACGGUGAUUUGAUACCAAGUUAUGGUGUUGGUCAAGAGUUGGUGAGAGUUCUCCAAGAUGCUGGUCAGGAUUUGGACAAGGUCACUCAGGAGCUUGCGAAGUCCCGAUCCAAGAAAUCAGGUUCUAGGACUACUACCAAGAAGAAUGCACCUAAAAGCCCGUCUGUCGCCGCCAAGCCGAAGCUACAGCCUCAAUCUUCUUUGAAGAUAGAAAGGGAGGUUUCUGAUGAGAAUGAAGCCAUGGACACAAUGGUGGAUCUGCUUAGCGAUCUCGGCUUUGUUGACAGCAAAAAGGCGGCUCGUGAUUUGAUGGAUAAGUUGGUUUCGUCUACUGAUGACUUGAACAAAGUUGCCGAUAACAUCAAGAGACGUGUUGAAGAACAGCAACGCGAAGAUGCCUAUUCCAAGGCUGAUGAGUGUGUUAUGGCUGACAAGAAGCCGGGAGAGCAUCUUGCUCAGCUUCUCAACGACUAUGGUUUCGUUGUCGAUGAAGAUA